UUUUAAUGCAUCGGCAAAGAAGCAGCCUGAAUCAUUUACAUAAUAAUCUCUUUAAUGUUUACAUGGACUAAAACAGCAACUGCAGCUUAGCAUAGGGUAAGCAUCCAAGCUAGUUAUUACAGCAUCCCCUCACCACCAGCAUCAAUGACAACAUAAACAUGCUAGCCCCCUCCUCCUCGUCCAGCUGAACAGGAGCAGUGGAGCUCUGCACUCGUGUGAGAAUGUGCGAGGUGGAGUGCUGAGCUGCGAGUGUGUCUGCCGUCUCCUCCUCUAGCACUGUGUUGGAGUGCCUUCUUGAGCUGAAACAAAGCAGUAGCACCAGGGAAGAAAGCAUCUGUUCAUCUCAUGGAGUGACUUGCCUCCUCCCAUCGCCUGCCUGUAGCUGCUUUUUUUCAGUUUCAGUUUUCUCUCUCUUCAGUUUCUGUGGACAUCCAGUUUUUCAACAUUUUACUAUUUUUUCCCACAUGUGAUACUAGAUUGGCAGGGCAGAGAAGCAGAUGUUUUUAUUACCUCAGGAUGGAAGGACUGAAUAUACUCCAGUGACAUGAUGGAAGAUGGGAACUCAUUCCAAACAACAUGUGCUGACAUGGUGAAUGCUUUGGCUUUAUUUCUUACCUGAUAAGCUAAAACUCACCGUGUACUGGAAGAUUGGUGCGUGGAAGUGAGAAAACCAGAAGAGGCCCCUGGAGAAAGCCAGCAUGGAGAAGACAUAUUCCCUAACUGCACACUAUGAUGAUUUUCAGGAAGUGAAGUAUGUCACAAAAUACAACACUGGCACUCUAAGCAAUGGGUUCAACCUUCACAUUAGCUCCAAGAGACAAAGGAGAGGUCUUCCAAGAUGGAGUAAAAGGGAAAUCUGUUUACUUUCAAGUUUAGUUUUUGUGACAGGACUUUGCAUCAUUCUUGGCAGUAUGUUAAUACUGAAAUACAUUAUGAUAGAGCCAGACAGCCACUGUGCUGAAGAUUGUCACAGACGCAAGGCAUUCGUGAAAGCCUCCAAGUUCAUUUCGGCUAAUCUUGAUACAACUAUUGACCCCUGUAAGGAUUUUUAUUCCUUUGCUUGUGGUGGUUGGCUGAGAAAGCAUGCUAUACCAGAAGAUAAACUCAGCUACGGUAUUAUUGCAGCUAUUGGUGAACAGAAUGAAGAGAAGCUUGUGAGUUUAUUGCUCCGUCCUGUGAAACACAACUACAGAACAUCUGCUGAAAGGAAAGUGAAGGCAUUUUUCAAUUCCUGCAUUAACCUGUCCAUGUUAGAUCAGAUGGGUGCCAAACCGAUGCUUGAAGUGAUUGACAACUGUGGAGGGUGGGACCUCUCAGGUGAGCAGAAAGGAACCAAGUGGGACAUAAACGAGCUGCUUUACAAGACUCAAGGAGUUUACAGCACAGCAGUGUUCUUCUCUUUAACAGUAAACCUGGAUGAUAAGAAUUCUUCAAGGAAUAUCAUCAGGGUUGACCAAGAUGGACUGACAUUGCCAGAACGGACUCUGUACCUUGGACAAGAUGAAGAAAGCUUGAAGAUUCUCACAGCUUACCUUACUCUCAUGGAAAGGUUACUGGGCCUGCUUGGAGCUGUAAACCCACGACACAAAGCAGAGGAAAUCCUAUAUUUUGAGAAGAAGCUUGCAAAUGUUACUAUUUCAGACUUUGAAGAUCAAAGACGGGAUAUUAACACCAUGUACAACAAGAUCACGCUGUUGAACUUACAGAAGAUAGCACCAAACCUGAAGUGGAAGCCUCUGCUUGAUAAAAUAUUUGAUGUCAACUUCUCGGAAGAUGAGGAGAUUGUUGUGCUUGCCACUGACUACAUGCAGAAAGUUUCAGAGCUCAUAGAAGCUACUCCGGCAAGAAUCUUGCACAACUACAUGAUUUGGCGUAUUGUGGCUACUUUGAGUGAACACCUUUCCACACCAUUCCGUGAUGCCAUACAUGAGUUUUCAAGGGAAAUAGAUGGCACAGAAAAGCAGGUAGAACUCAGCCAGACAUGUCUGAGCCAGACCAACAAGCACUUUGGUAUGGCCCUUGGUGCUUUAUUUGUCGAAGAAUAUUUUUCUUCUUCCAGCAAAAUCAAGGUCCAACAGCUGGUAGAAGACAUUAAACAUGCGCUUGAUCAUCGACUUCAUGAACUGGAUUGGAUGGAUGAAGAAACAAAAGAAGCAGCAAGAGGAAAGCUUCAGCAUAUGACAGUGAUGAUUGGCUACCCUGACUACCUGCUUAAACCGUAUAUUAUCGACAAGGAGUAUGAGUUUGAAGUUGAUGAAAAGACAUAUUUCAAAAAUGUCCUCAACAGCGUGAAAUUCAACAUCAAACAGUCAGUGAAGAAAAUACACCAAGAGGUUGAUAAGACCACGUGGCUUUUGCCCCCACAGGCUCUGAAUGCUUAUUACUUACCUAACAAGAAUCAAAUGGUUUUUCCAGCAGGAAUUCUGCAGCCCACUCUUUAUGAUCCCGACUUUCCUCAGUCUCUGAAUUAUGGUGGUGUAGGAACAAUUAUUGGGCAUGAACUCACGCAUGGCUACGAUGACUGGGGUGGGCAAUAUGACCGCUAUGGGAAUUUAGAACAGUGGUGGACACAUGAAUCUUAUAACAAGUUCCUGAAGAAAGCUGCCUGCAUUGUGGACCUGUAUGAUAACUUCACCGUAUACAACCAAAAGGUCAAUGGCAAACUUACCCUGGGAGAAAACAUUGCUGACAUGGGAGGCCUUAAGUUAGCAUACUACGCAUACCAAAAGUGGGUGCGAGAGCAUGGACCAGAACACCCAUUGCCUGGACUCAAGUACACUCAUGAACAACUUCUUUUUGUGGCAUUUGCUCAGAACUGGUGUAUGAAGAGAAGAUCACAAUCCAUCUAUCUCCAGCUUCUGACAGACAAACAUGCUCCUGAACACUACAGGGUUAUUGGCAGUCUUUCACAGUUUGAUGAAUUUGGAAGAGUCUUCAACUGCCCCAAGAACUCUCCCAUGAACCCAUCCCACAAGUGCUCAGUGUGGUGAAAAAGUUCUGUGAAUCAUCUCAGUCUGCAGCACCACAACCUUAACUGAAGAACCACAGAUUUGCCAAAUAAAAAGAAUUCUUCAUGAAGAAGAAAGGAUGGAAUUUUUGUAAAGGAUAUGCCUUUCAGAAUCAAGCAAAAACAGAAAAUUGAAAAGAUCCGGAGCCUAUGAUGUUUUACUUAUCCAUAAUCCCAGGAGAUGGCAAAGCAAUGCCAUCCUCCUUCCUCUGUGUUAAUGUACUGCUGCAUCUCACAACCACUGCAUUUCAUGGACUGCUUAAUGCGUGUGCGCAUGUGCCCCUUACUGUUUACAACACUGCCACAGGACUAGAAGCUGAACAUGAAAGCUGCAAUUUUCUCUGUAGACAAACUUCAGCAGUCUAAGGGGUGCUGAAAUGAAGGCAGCAGUUUUGUCCUAAGGAAUGAACUCCAUGGUGUUUAGGAUAUUGUCAGCGGAGAGAGCCAUGCUUUUGUAAAAUUCCUCAAAUCUGACAAAGAACUGAACAUUUUUAGCAUGCAUGUUUAUAUUGGAGUCAUAGUUCUGUCAGUGGAAUCCUGAUUCCAAUGUUGAGUUUCAUGUUCACCCUGUGCAGGUCUAGCUUUCAUAAUACUUAUUGUUUCCACUGAUUUCAAACCAGCUAGCAUUACUUUUCAAGCAUUGUAUUUGUAAUAAUAAAUGUAUAUUAUCAUCCC